AUGUCUCCUGUGACGUUUUCUGCAGAGAGACAGGCUCUCAACGGCCAACCACCGCGCGAUUCCCUCGAGCUUGCCUCGCUCGCUUCGUCCGACGCUGGCUCUGCCGGGCGAUCCUCAUACGAAUCCUCGCGAUCAGGCAUCUCUUCGUCCCGGAGAUUGUCCCUAGAAGCCGACGACCCAUUAUCCGAACAAAGGGGCUUGGGAACAAGUCGCACACGACCGAACCGUUCUUAUUCUGUAUCGUCUGCCUUUGACUUUGGCAGCAACUUAUUCCCCCUUUCGCAAACCGCUGGCGGCUAUGCUCCCCUCGGCGCACCUUCGGUAACUUCAUUGGAACGGUAUGCGGGGCUUCGCGACGCCUCGUUGGAAAAGCACAAGUCCUUGACUUACCUCAAUGGACUAUCGUUGAUUGUUGGUUUGAUCAUUGGUUCGGGUAUAUUUUCGUCUCCGAGUCAGGUCAACUUCAAUGCUGGGUCGCCAGGCGCAGCUUUGAUCGUGUGGGCGCUGGCAGGUGUCUUGGCAUGGACAGGCGCAGCUAGCUACGCAGAACUGGGAGGAGCGAUUCCGUUGAACGGUGGGCCGCAAGUCUAUCUGUCUAAGAUCUUUGGCGAGAUGAUGGGAUUUCUGUUUGCCUGGUGCGCGGUUUUCGUACUUAAACCAGGUUCCGCAGCAAUUAUAGCCAUCAUAUUCGGCGAGUAUGCCGUAAGAGCCUUUAUCGGAACCGAAGUGGAAACGAUCAGUCCGUGGAUCAACAAGGGUGUAGGACUCGCUGGCGUUUUGUUUGUGACGAUCCUCAACUGCGCGUCGACGAAGCUUGCUACCCUUGUUGGAGAUAUCUCCAUGUUUUUCAAGUUCGGCGCACUGCUCGCAGUCACAAUCAUUGGAGUCAUAGUCGCCAUAACGGGCAUAUCGUCAAAGGGAGAGGCCAAUCAAGAUUGGAAGAAUUCCGGCUGGUUCGAGGGGACAAGCACAGACAUCUCUGACUGGGCUGUUGCGCUAUAUGCAGGGCUGUGGGCAUUCGACGGAUGGGACAAUACAAACUACGUGACCGGCGAGUUUAAGAAUCCGAACCGUGACUUGCCACGUGCAAUACACACAGCAAUGCCUGUGGUGAUUGUUUGCUAUCUCAUGGCCAAUGUCUCUUACUUUUUUGUUCUGCCACAAGCAACGAUAGCCAAAAGCAAUACAGUGGCUGUUCAGUUUGGCGCCAAAGUUUUCGGCCCAGUCGGAGCACUCGUUCUAGCCCUGGUGGUCUCCGGAAGUUGUUUAGGAGCUCUCAACGCGACGUGCUUCACAAGUGGCCGUCUUGUGUAUGCUGCGGGAAAAGAGGGCUAUCUCCCAGCCAUGUUUGGAAAGAUUGGCUUUGGAAAGUCUAGCAACAAUAUUACGGGCAGUCGAUUGCAGCGUCGGUCAUGGUUCCACAAGGCGUUUUCCUGGCUAUGUGGAGGAAGCGCAGCUAUCGGCUACACUCCAGUGAAUGCUAUGCUCUUCAACGCUGCACUCACUGCAGCGUAUGUUGUCGUCGGAGAAUUCGGCACGUUGAUUACUUUCUAUGGUGUGGCGGGAUACACAUUCUAUUUUCUCACGGUUCUUGGGUUGAUUGUCUUACGGAUACGAGAACCGCAUUUGGAGCGACCUUACAAGACAUGGAUCACGACGCCUAUUAUCUUCUGCUGCGUCAGUCUAUUUCUUCUCAGCAGAGCUGUCAUCGCGGAACCUCUUCAAACACUGAUUGUCGUCGGCUUCGUGGCAGCUGGGGUUCCUGCUUACUUCUGGAUGAUGUACCGACGGGAUGGGACUAUCAAAUUGCCGAAUUGGAAGUUCUGGCAAAAACGAUAG